CAUCAACAAAGCAAAGUGUUCAAGUUGCGGAAAUCGUUCGUUUCGUAAAAGUGGAAUUUACGACAACGAAAUUAGAAAAAUAACCAUACAAAAUACAGAAUUGAGCUCAAAGUUAUAACGCAUAAUUUAUUAAAAAUCGUAACAUUUGCCUACUUCCGUCGCUUAACGAACUAUACCAAGUUUUGUAAUAGUAAACCACCGCAAUGUUUAGAAAGUGAAACCUUACGAAACGUUACAGAAAUGGGGAAAACGAGCAAAGUUGUUAUAUGUGGGAUGAAAGGGGUUGGCAAAACCGCAGUAUUAGAACAACUUAUCUAUGGAAAUGUGAAUUUAAAGUCUUGUUUUUACCCAACUAUUGAGGAUAUUUAUGUGGCCAAUAUUGAAACUGACAGGGGGACUAAAGAAAGAGUCUGUUUCUAUGACACGGCGGGACUGGAGCCCCCGCUUACAGGACCGCCGCAAUCUCCAACAAUGCAGCUGACCGCCAACCAAGUUCUGCAACGUCAUUACCUGGGCUUCGCUGAAGGGUUCGUCAUGGUGUACGACACAACCAGACCUGAAUCACUCGAUGUGCUCAUGUAUUUGAAGAAGGAUAUUGACAGAAAUAAGGAUAAGAAGGAGGUAAUUAGUAUAUUUAACUAUUCAUAUGAUGCCUAA